CCGAGGUCCACGGCGCAGCGAGAGUGACGAGGAAAUAUCUGCUAAUCUCUGGAUAUUACCACCGCGGAUAUUUUUGGAAAAUCAUGCAGAAGCCGUGAAAUGAGCGAGUGAGAUGCUUUUACUUCCGAGAGCGAGGAUAAGCACCGCUGGCCCUUUGAUGAGCACGAGCAGCGCGGCUCCGAGGGGAAGCUGCUGCUGCUGCCUUCAUAAACACUUCUUUAGGACUCACUACAACCCCUGAGCUUUUGUUUUGGGCUCACUCGCCACCGAACAGCGCCGAACAGAACCCCCGCUGUGCUCGUGGCGUGGACGGAUGGCUGAUAAAGGUAAAGCGGACGUGGAGCGGGUCGGCGGAGCGGUCCGGCUCCGGCAGGAACACCAGAAGGUGGUGAGAGACUGUGAGAGUCGGAUCCAGCACUGGAAGAAGGUGUCAGGUGACUACGAAGCUCUGAGUGACCGCCUCCAGACUCUACCUGAUCAGCUGUCCUAUGACAUCAUGGUGCCGUUCGGCCCGUUGGCCUUCAUGCCCGGGAAGCUGGUGCACACCAACGAGGUCACGGUGCUGCUGGGCGACAACUGGUUCGCUAAGUGCUCCGCCAAGCAGGCCCAGAAGAUCGUCGAUCACAGGAUGAAAUAUGUGAAGAACGAAUUAGACGAUCUGUCCAAGACGAUGAAGAACUUUGAAACCAGAGUCGGGUUUGCGAAGGAUUUGGAAACCAUCUCCGCCAGUAAAGGCGACUAUGUUGACAUCAGAGAGGAGGUCGGAAACAGCGACGCUGCUGUCGCCAAAGGAAAGCAGAGAAUCGCUCACAAACCAAACUCCAAGCCCAAGCUGGAUGUGGUGUGGGACCUGAAAGAGGAGGACGAGGAGAACGAAGAAGAGGGACAGAGCAGAAAAGACGUGAUGACUGAGGAGGAGCUGUGGGCUCGGCUGGAUGAGCUUGAGAAGCUGGAGGAGCUCCAAGACGAGCAGGACAGACUCUCUGAUAACGCCGACAUGAACGGCGAGGACACGUCGUCGUCUUCCUCAGAGGAGGAGAAGGAGGCCGAGGCGGCUCCUCCAGUCAACGGCCUGAGUCUGAAGCCCGGCUGGAGCUCGGUGCCUCACUGCAAAGCACCGCUCAGCAUGGACGGGAAGAAAGAGCAGGACGACGAGGAAGAGGAGGAUAAUUGUUUGCCCACCAUCUUCUUCUCUCACACAGUCGAACUGAAGAAGGUGAGGAUAAACACAGGAAAAAACACCAUGCUGAAGUUCAGCGAGAGGAAGGAGCAGAAGGAGCACUCGAAGAGGAAAAAGAAGAACGGCCACAAUAACGGACACUCGCAUCACGAACUCCACAAGAUCACAACACCAGCAGACAUUUACAGGUUGUUCGUGGACGUGAAGAACGGAGAACCCAUCCCCAGGAAGUCCAUCCUGAAGUCACGCAGUCGAGAGAACAGCGUGUGCAGCGACACCAGCGAGAGCAGCGCGGCGGACUUCGACGAGCGCAGGAUGGUCUGUCGCAGCUUCAGCCACGACGAGGCGACGCACAGCGACACCAGCGACGGCAUCACGGAGGAGGACAGCCCCACGGCGGUGCCGCUGCAGCUGCCCAGCAGGUUUGAGGCCUUUUCAGGGACGGUGGUAGAAAAGGACCCGAUGCCUACAGCUGUGCCCCACCUGACCAUCGCUCCACCAGCUCUGCCAACCAUCCUGGAGAGGAAGCAGGAGGAGGUGGCGCCCGACGUCUCGCCGCCCCAGCAGGCCCCGAAAAGGGUGUCCAAGUUCAAAGCUGCCAGGCUGCAGCAGAAGUGACUGUUACCCAGCAGAUAUCCUUCUCUUCUCCAGCCUGCCUUUGUUUUCUACAACUGAUGAACUGAGCGACACGAAGCAAACCUCUCUCUCUCUCUCUCUCUCUCUCUCUCUAUCUGUCUCUCUCUCUCGCCCUCUCUCUCUCUCUC